UGUGCAUGUUUGCAAUUGUAUAUACGUUUAAAAAAUUAUGACAAUAGAAAACUGUUUAAUACACACAAUGAACGGACAUAUUGCCCUUGUGUAUACAUUCUAUCAGGGUGGUCUUUGUUCCAGUUCGUAUAUUUCAUGUUAGGUUAAGAUUGGCUUUAUUUGUUGAGGUGGGGUUAGAGUUUUUAGGGCAAGGCGAAGAAAGCAAGGAAAAUAGCUCAGCAAAGAUUUGUCCAAAUGAAGAAAAUGAUAAGCCAAAGUGAUCCAAGGAUAAAGGAAGCCAAACGGGCACCUCCAAGAAAGAAGAAGCGAGAGGAUCCACAGGAAGUAAAAGUUCGGGAAGUACCACAAGUCUCGUCAGCUCUCUUCUUUCAAUACAAUACACAGCUUGGGCCACCUUACCACAUCCUUGUUGAUACCAAUUUUGUCAACUUUUCCAUAAAGUAUAAAUUGGAUAUCAUACAGAACAUGAUGGACUGUCUCUAUGCUAAAUGUAUUCCUUACAUCACUGACUGUGUGGUUGGCGAGUUGGAGAAGCUGGGACAGAAAUACAGAGUGGCACUUAAGAUCAUCAAGGAUCCCAGGUUUGAGCGAAUAACAUGCCUACAUAAGGGAACAUAUGCAGAUGAUUGUCUUGUGCAGCGAGUUACACAGCAUAAGUGCUACAUUGUAGCAACAUGUGACAGAGAUUUGAAACGAAGGAUUCGCAAGAUUCCAGGUGUACCAAUUAUGUACAUCUCUCAGCAUAGGUACACAAUAGAACGGAUGCCAGAUGCAUAUGGUGCCCCAAAGACAUGAAUUUAUACCUCAAUUUUGUAUGAGUAAAAAUAAAUAUAAAUGAAAAAUUCCUGUUUUA